AUGUUCAAGAAACGCUCUCCUCCCUCCAAAAAACCAGACGCCAACAAUACCAACAACAACAAUAACGACGACAACGACGACAAUUCGGCCUCAUCGCCAACUAUCACCGUCUCGGUCCCUCAUGAUGUAUUCGACCAAACCACUCCAACAUCAACAUCAUCGACAACGACGACUGCAAGGAGGAGUGAAGAGCGGCAAUGGAACCGGACGACCACGACCACGACCACUACGUCUUCGUCGAGUCGUAGGAGCAGUUAUGAGCGGAGUCCCUUCUUACCCCAGAAUCAGCAACAACAAGGGUUCAAGGCCUGGAACCCUCAGCAACAGCAACAACAGCAGCAGGGUGGCGGUAGUGGUGUUGGUGUCGAAUCUGGAUCAGGUCUUGGAAUGACUGCAGGUGCAGGUGGAGUAGGUGGAGGUGCAGGAGGAAGUGCAGGAACAAACACAGGCACAGGGACAACGACAUCAUCUCCCUUGUUGUCGACUCUCUCCUCGUCGUCAUCGCCAUCAUCUUCCAAAUCCAAGAGUCCAGCUGGUAUGAUGUUAAACCUUACUGGUAUCUUUACCACCAACAGCACUGCCAACGGAACAACCACCACAGCAACAACAAACUCGGCAACAAACACUAGUAGUGCACAGCCCCAGCCAGCGGCAGCGACAGCCGUAGAGGCACAGCUGUGGAACGCUGAUUGGGUCGAACCGGUGUCGCCGGCGUUACCGCGUUAUAUCCCUGCCAUUGCCGGGAAGGGCGCAGGUAUGGGCCCAAACCCGCGGACGGGAGGAGGUGGAGGUGGUCGAUUAAAUGCUGGCUGGGGCUCAGGUGGUGGGUCUGUGGGGAUGUUGAGUCGGAAGGCUGGUGAAGGCGCAGGUUGGAAGACGGCGACGGCAACGACGGCCAGCUCUCCUACUUUUGACAGGCGUUCAUCUGAGAGUGCUGCUCAGCCCUUCAAGUCCCGAGUUGCUGCAAGUGCAGGCGCAGGAGCGGGAUAUAUACCCAACAGCAAUACCAACGGCCAUCCUAUGUCACUCCAACAGCAACAACAAUAUCAACAACAGCAGUAUCAGCAGCAACAGCAGCAGCCUGCGGUGUCACCAGGUCUUCGACGCAACCAACCGCAGCAGCAAAGGAACGGCGGAGAUGGAACGGGAGCAGUGGCAGGUGGAUCAUUGGAGAUGUCGUGGAUGAGCGGCGGUGGAGGACCUGACUACGACGACAACGACCGCCACCACGGCCAAGACGACUAUGACGAUGGGGACUACUACAACGACCGCAAGAAGGAUCGACGGCCGGCCGAGUUGCGAAAGAGUUUUGAUCUCACGGAACAGCAACUCCUGGUGAGGAAGAUGUUGGGUCGGUCAAAGGCACCACAGAGAGUCUUGUCGUCUUUUGAUGUCGAGGCCCAGAAUUAUUCUAUUCACCAAUGGGCGGUUGAUACUUACGAUAUCAAAAACACAAAGGCGAUUGCUCGGGUGGGCGAGGACUACAUGUUGUCAAAGGCGUUCAAUGGCGCCAUGCAGCCAACGCGCGUCAUCCCCUUCUACUUCAAGGCAUCGUUCCGGGACGAGGACGAUGAUGAGGACCUCCACGUAGAUGAUCACCAUGGCGCCCAGGGAUCCGGUUCAGAUCCAUAUACAGAGUCAGGAGCAGGAGCAGGAGCAGGACCACAGGAAGCCGCUCCAAUCGACCGCUCUCUCGUCACUAUCACGACUCUGAUUACACCAAACCGGUACGAGGUCUUCUUGAAACUGGUGAAGCAAUACCGGGGCCCCAUUUCGGUCGCGACUCAUAUCCGCAAGGGUCCUGAACAGGAUGCGAUGUUCCAUGAGCUCCACACGUUCUUCAGGGAGAACUCGAUCCUUCGCAAGUAUGUCGACUUGCAUGUGAUUGUUGACGGUGUCGAUUUCCAGCUCAACAUGUGGCGGAAUGUCGCGCGGAUGUUUGCCCGCACCGACUACUUCAUGAUGCUCGAUGUCGAUUUCCAUAUUCCAUCAAGUUUAAAGAAGAACCUACACUACGACCCCAGGAUCAAACAACUCCUUGCAUCAGGAGUAGCACUAGUCGUACCCGCAUUCGAGUACAAGGUCGACCACGACCCCAAGGAUUCAAAAUACUUUCCAGAGACAAAAUCCGAUCUGUUGCCACUACUGGAGAAGGGACAUAUUCAUGUCUUCCACGACUCGUUCCCUCCCGGACAUGGUGCCACGGAUACACCUCGCUGGAUCAAAAUGAGUCAGGGGAUCGCUGGUCGUUCGGAUUCUCACCCAUCGCCUCCAAAGGGACGGGCUGGAUUCGAAGAGGACUAUGCUGCUGCUGCUGAUUGGGAGAAGGCCGCGGCGGCUGCUGAGGAAGAUGAGGUUGAUGAGGAGCAUGUGAGGGAGGAGUAUCUGGAACAUGAGGCUGAUGGCGAGAGACCUUAUAAGGUCACCAAGUUUGAGCCCAAGUAUGAGCCAUACGUCAUCUUAAAGAAGGAAGGAACCCCUUGGUGCGACGAGCGCUUCGUCGGGUAUGGCGCCAACAAAGCUGCGUGCCUGUUUGAGAUCUACAUUUCAGGAAUCGACUUUUGGGUCAUGCCCCAAGACUUUCUCAUCCACCAAUACCACGACUACCCCACCACGGACCGCAAGAACGGACGUAUCCUCAACCGACAGCUCUUUGUCUCCUUCCAACAGGAAGUCUGCUUCCGGACCCUGAACCGAAUGAUUAUCACGGGAGAGUGGUAUACCUCCAAGGCGGACAACUUGAGGCAUCAGUGUAGUGGAUUUGAGGGAUUCUUGCAGUCUGCAGAUCAGUUGGCGCAGGAGUUUGAGGACCGCCAUCCGGAGAGUUUGUUGAAGGAUCCGGUGUUUGUGACAGAGGUUGAGGAGCAGGAGGCGAGUCGACCAAGGUGGCACGGAAAUGGUGGAGCUGCAGGAAAUAAUCGAAAAGCUGGUCAACAAGGACAAGAGGAGGAGGAAGAGGAACCGAACAGACACAGCCACGAGCGAGGAGGUGGUCACGGCGAGGUGGCACUAGGUAAACAGCUCGUCGACGGCGAACAGAUCCAGGACCCAUGGAUGAGUCGACCACAGGGCAAGAUCUGGGGAGGGGUCCAACCCAAGUCCUACUACAUCCCUCCGCCACCCGAGGAGGAAGAACCCGCGAUCCCGAUUGAUGGGAUUGGACUGGAGGCGGCGCUUGAAGGGACCCGUGUGGAGGAACAUGACAAGAGUCCGUUUAGUUUUGAGGAGGCUGCAAGAGCGAUGCAGGAUGCUGCGGCGAAUGGUGGGGAUGGUCGAGAUCUGACGGGAGAAAGGUUGGAGCGGUUCCGCGAAGGCAUUAUUCUCCCCCCUGCGCAUGGUUUUGAGGAAGGGGUCGGGAGAGGUAGUGGUGAUUAUGAGGAUGAGGAUGGUGAGGCGGCUGCUGACGCUGAUGGGUCAGCUUCUGAUGCUGACUCUGGUGGAACGGCCUUUGGACAACAACAGCAGCAGGACCGUCCUGAAAGUGGAGGUGGCGGAGAGUCAUUUUUGGACGAGGCUGAGAAGUUGGAACAAAAGUUUAGAAUGUAUCCUCGUAACUAA